CACGGUCACUUUUACAAGGGAGUUUAGAGAGAAUGAAUUCGGAUCCCUCUUUCCGAGGUUUACAAGCGUAUAUAUACCAAGCUAAAGGGGACAAGGCCACAUGCGGCCACGUGGGGGCACGCUGCUGGCGUGGUGCGAGGUGACUGGUCUCGUCCUUGGGCUACCUUGGCGUCUUGUGAGGGGGAUUACUUCCCUUGUCGCUUUCUGGCUUGAAAACAUUCCUUCAGCAUCUCCACUGAUUUCCCUGCAAUGCCAACCACUACAGUCCAAGUCCCUUUGGACUCUUCCUGCCGACUCCAAAAACUACGCCGGUUGGUUCUUGAAGAUCCAGCCCGGAUCCGAUUUCACGCCGGUCUACUCUCAAGAACACAAAACAUUGUGUAUGCUUUCUUGAAGAGACCAUUAGCAUGACCAAUGUUACACAAAAACAUCAUUGGAGGCUCAACUUUUAGUGUUAGUUCAUGAUUUAGAAUUUGUGAAGAUCUAAUCGAGUUCAAAUACUCUAUAGUGUGUAAAUCACAACCUAAAGAAGCAUUCAUAUCAGAUUGACAUGUAUUAUCACUACUCAGGCUACCUCACUCAGAUUCAAUAUAAGGGGGCUAACUCCAACAAAAUAGGUUGUGGCUUUGGCAAAUGUAGAAUUGAUGUUCAUUGCUUUAUUGGAGUUGAUGCAGAAUAGUAGCCUUCAUAGCGGAGGACGAAACAAUGCUGAAGGUGUUGUGGUUA